AUGCCGAUAAAUUUCCACCACCAAGAUUUUAGACACCUCUGCAAGAGAGAAGAGACGCGAACAGGCAGGGAAAGCUUUCUGCACGGGGAACCUGGCUGCGAGCACAGGGACCCGCACUCCCGGCGCUCUCAGCCCGGCGCGGCGGGACUGCGGGUCCAGCGGCUGCGAACCGAGCCGUACUAUGCCUUGCAGAGUCGUGCCGUGCCAAACCGUGCCGUGCUACAGGGUGAGCCACCACCGACAAAUGGAGACCCCAUAACGAAACUGGGGAAAGCGCGGAGCAAAACGCGAUGCGCCCGCGCAGGGGCCGGCGGGUUUACACCGAGAUACCCCCGCGUCCUCCGCUCCCCGCACCGCGGCGGGCCCUGCCGGGGCGGCCCCGGGCGCUGCGGGCUCCGCAGGGCUCUGCUCCCCUCUUCUCCGAGGAGCAGUUUCGGGCCGCCUGCGGGAGCUGGACGAGCCGGGCUCCUGGGGGAGAGCGCAGGCCUGAGGCUCUACCGACUGUGCGACGAGCAAUCAGGAAUUUAUGAAUAUAAAAUCUACUGUAUUCUUGAUGACUGCCCCCCAAAACUGUAUGUCAAUGUCUAUAUGGAUUUAGAUUAUAGAAAGCAGUGGGAUAAGUCUGUGAAAGAACUAUAUGAAGCAACAUAUGAUGGUGAAAAAGUAAUCUACUGGGAAGUGAAAUACCCUUAUCCUCUCUCCAACAGAGACUAUGUCUAUAUUCGUGAAUGUCGAGAGCUGAAUGUUGAUGGACAGAAGAUCUGGGUUGUUUUAGCUCAAAGUGUGUCUGCUCCUCAGUGCCCUGAAAAGCCUGGUGUUACCAGAGUUCAAAGCUACAAACAAAGUCUGGCAAUUGGAAGUGAUGGCAAGACCGGAUCUAAAGCUUAUAUGUACUAUUUUGAUAAUCCUGGUGGUGAGAUUCCAUCCAGGUUGGUCAACUGGAUUGCCAAGAGUGGUGUGCCUACUUUCUUGAAGGAUAUGCAAGAAGCUUGCCAUAAUUAUUCUAAGAGCACAUAG